AUGAUUUGCUCUGCCGAAUCAACUCUUGCAGAAAGCAAUACUCUUUCCACAUACAUUGCAAGAAGAAAGGGGAGAAAGCAAAGACGUUCUCGUAAAUUUAGAAAGUUAGAUACCUAUGGACGUCGUAAAAACAGAGGAAAGAAAUUCAAGGGCAGAAAGUUCUGGAAGAAGUAUGGUCGAAAGAGAUUUAGAAAGUUUAAUAAGAAGGGUAAAGCUCAAAAGAAGAGAAGAUUCCACAAGAGAAAGGGAUGGAAUAAGAAGAGAGGAAAGAAGUAUUAUCACCGUUAUCAUAAACACUCGACAAAGAGAUAUGGUCGUGGUAAGAGAAGAAGCCUUCACAAGAAACGAAGAAAUUACUUGAAGAAGAGAAGGCACCACAAGAGCAAGAAUAACAAGAGAAAGAGAUGGUACAAGAGAAGAAACAAUUUGAAGAAGAGAAGACAUAACAAGAGAAAAGGAUGGAACAAGAGAAAGAAGUAUGGUCGUCACAAGAAGAGAAGAUAUUUUGAUAUUUACGGAUAG